UCUUGUGGUUAUUUACUCUCUGUGUCAGUUGCACAGAGUACGAUCCAGUGUCCGCCUCUUCUCCAGGUCCCAUAUUUCGUCCGGUUCUCAAGCCGGUGACAUGGACGGUGCUGACAACCCCCGUUCCCCACUGCUGGGCUUUGUGCAGGAUUCAUUCUUGCCAUCUACGGUUUCAAUUGCUCUGAAGUGCCUCUUGGUUGGGAUAAAUAUUGCCAGUAUCGUUAUCGGGGCGAUCUAUAUAAAUGACUGCCCCGGGCAGUACCUCAUCCCAUACUAUCUCAUCAUUUCAGGGGUGGCAUGUCUCCUGUACCUCUCCAUGACCUGCCUGCCAUGUAUAGAUGAAGAUCAGGUCACAUCUGUCAAUCUUGCCAGUCUCUGCGCUCAGGGUGUAAUUCUUUUAUUCCUCUUCGCUUUCUUCAUAGCAGGUAAUGUGUGGAUAUAUUCUCUAACCCAUGAAUCCUGGGAUGAUGAAACGAGCCCGAAGCGAUGCAACCGGGUGCUGUACCUGUACGCCUUCUGGACAGUAACCCUGUGCCACCUCUGCUUCUUGGUCCUGCUGUGCACCUACCUCUGUUUACUGCUGGGUCUCCUUAUCCUUAAAAGGUCGCUUUUCGGGAGUCGCCGCAACUAAACCCUUGUGACCAGUCUCGUCCAGGGACUGCUUCUGCCCUCUUGUGUCAACUUCUGUGGAGGGGCCCUAAAAUCUCAAGCAGUCCCUUUAGUGGCCCCUUAAUGUAUAUGUUUUUGCCAAAUAAUGUUCACACUGCUGCCGGACUACAGAGAGAGACUGUGGGGACUGUCGAUGUGACCAGUGAGGUGUGGGGGAAUGCUGUGACUACUGGGGAGGUAGGCUUCUGUAACUACUAGGGGCGCCAAUUUUUUGGGUCAUGGUGUGACAGAACUGUGCCACCAUAAAAACUACAGUUACAGUAUGACUCUCGGUAACAUCACAGGCCUGUGUCAAUAUGGGCUCACUAAGAAAAGGGGUUUGGACAGACACGUUGUGCUGUGACAGGGGAGCAGGGGGCCCCUAGCCUUUCUGAAAUGGCACCCUCCCCCAAUGCCAAAUUCUUAACAUAACCCCUUUGCCACAAUGAAAGAGCUCAUUGCCCAUGGCCCUUCCGCUGCCCCCCUCUUGUCCCUACCUGAGGCGAUCGCCUCACCUGGCCUCAUUGGAGGUGCACCCCUUGCACAGGAGGGGGCGCUGCUGUGACUACUAGGGGUUAAGUCUUCCCUGGAACAUCACAGGUUGAAUUGGUGGUUUUAGCGAUAGAUUCACCCCCUAUUUCCAAAUUUCGAAAAACAAAACUAACGGCCCGUUCACACAGCCACAGUUUCUGCUGCAGUUGUUCACUUUGGAUGCCGCGGCCUGCUCGCGACUUAGUUCCAAACUGCAGAACUGCCUCCCAUUGAAAACAAUAGAAGACAGCCACCACGCGGCCACCAACGGAAUUUUGGUGCACUGUGAUUGAGGCUUUAACCGUGCCGGAGCGCCACCUGCUGUUCUGCUCUUUCUCCUCUAUGUUCUGUACUCUGCUUCAAUUGUAUGAAGAUUAUCAGAUCACGCGUCACAUUCAUAACCUGUACUGAUACAAUGGGAGCUGACAUGGUUAGGGUACGUCUGUACGGGACAGAUUUGCCACAGUCUUCAGCAGAAAUAGACAUGUCCACUGCAAUUCCAUCCCAUGUGGAUCUACCUAACCCUUAUAAUAAAUACUGCAUUGUGUUGUUA